AUGGUGGGGAGAAAAAGAGCGAGAGAGAAAGAUCGCAAUAGAAAAUGUCGAAACACAAAAAAAGCUUCCACUGAACCCUCUCUGCUGUCAACUCUUUGCUGCAAUGAUGGGCAACUGGGUAAUAAUGGUAUUCCUGGUGUAAAUGGACUUCCGGGAUCCACUGGGGCACCCGGCCGUGAUGGUCGAGAUGGAAUUAAGGAAGAACAGGGAAGUCCGGGGAAGACUGGGCCUCAGGGACCAACUGGUGCGAAAGGAAUGAAGGGAGAAUGCUGUAUCACAGGUCCUGUCGGUCCCAAAGGAGAUCGAGGAAAGAGAGGUGACAGUGGAAUCCAAGCAGGGCCACAUAACAUGUGUUCCCGCUUAAAUUGGAAGGAGUGCACGUUUACAAGGGUAGAUGGCAAGGAGAGGAGUAUAAGUAAGUUGUCAGUUAUAUUACAGUUGUGUGACAGAAUAAAAAUGAAUAAACUCUUAAAUUAUAAAGGUCAGACCACUCCUAAUUGAGAAACUUUUGCAAAAACCGAAGCCUGACAGCGCGAGAAGUAGGAAUUAUGCAGUAGGAUUUGUUCAAUGUGGGUCCGUGUGUUACUGUUGGGAUAAAUUUAAGUUCGUUUCUUUAAGUCGGUGAAUUGUACGAGCAAUAAUAUAAAAUCAUUUUGCUCUUUUUAUAAGUUAUGUUAAGCCAUAUUCAGUUAUAUUGUAAAAGACCGGUUGCAAGCCUUCUAAUCCAGUUUUAUACAGAUGACUUAGAAUCUGAUCACGCAAAACUUAAAUGCAAAAUAGGUUUAAUUUUAAGAGAGGUGUGAAGAUUGUAAACGUUUGCUCUAGCUCAAGGCCAGGAUUCGUGGCCUUUAAUAUGUAGCUUUAUCCAAACUUAAGCGGAGCUCUCCUAGUCAGCGUAUAUCAUCUACAAAAAGCGAAACCUGAAUAGAUAGUGAACUUGAGUCGGCGAUACGGUCAAUUGAUAAGUUGAAAAGAUUCAGGAUCUAAAUAUUUUAUUCGAAGUGUUCAGUUAGUUUAAAAUGUUUCUGAUGAUGCUCCUUUAUGUGCCACUGUCUGUUUUCCCUAUCAUCUUUAUCAACUAUAACUCAUUUUAUUUUGAUAACAAUCAACAAGUCACUCGUUCUGUAGCCUGCGUAGCAUGGCGGUUUUGUCGAGCCGGGCGCACGAGCGGCCAAGCCGCGAGAAAAAUAAAAAUCGCCUGCCCGGAUUCGUGGCCUUUUCAACUGCCGCCCACUUCAACUCAUUUUGACAUCCUGUUGACAACUUGUUUGGUUUCGGUUUUUUCAGCCAAUCAGAAAUAAAGUGUUGACAGCCUAAACACGACACAAAAGCUCGUGAUAUAAUGUAAAACGUGACCUUGGCCGGAAUUGGAGUUUGCUUGAACAAACACAGGUUUUUUCUUUGUUGCUAUCUCGUGGAAAGGUGACUACGGUGCGUUCUAAACUUGACUGAGUAGAUCUUAUUUUUGCUGCACUGAAGUCUUACAUUUAUUUAGAGGUCAUGAAAUUGGUUUGUUUCAUACAUAAUGAGUAAUUAUUUCCUGUGGUUAAUGCUUCUGUACGUGUUGCUGAUUAGAAUUUGUUGAUCUCAGAUGCAGUUGUAAAGCAGUACUAAUUUCUUUGAAAUCACUGUUAAAGCCUAAAGCUUUUUAUUACGUCUAAAUAAAUAUUUUAGCUUCUUUGGUCUUUUCCGACUAAAAUGUCUGGAUCUGGAUAACUACAAACCGAGGCUCAGUUUCUUUGUCCGUGAAUGUUUUGACGCUGGGCCCGGCUUUUUAAGUGUUGUUUGCAGGAUGUUGUAUUUUUACGUAUAGCGCGAUCUUCACAUUUGAGUUGUAGCUUAAACGUAAGCUACACCAAGUAUGGAGAAUUACGCUGUGGGUCUUUCUUCUACUGUAUGCGAUUCAUCGACCACGAUCGCGGACAUCGUUAGAUGUAGUGCUCUGGAGUGCGUUAUUCUCUAACACUGAGUAAUAGAGAAAAUUGAGGUGGACUUUCUCGAAGCAAAUUUACUGUCUCUGUCAUAAGAUCCAUUGCUGUACAGCACAGCGACAACAUUUCCGAUAUCUGGUCGUCUAUAGUACUUUUUAGAGGAGAAAUUGUGAUCAUUUCUUCUUUGGCCAUAGCAAAGACAGUAAAGAUCAUGCUCUUGCCAAAACUUGUUGACAAAAUUUCCAUGACAUCUCUCCUUUGAAGAAGACUGUAAAUGGCCAUUUCCUGUUUAGGCUUCAAUACAAUUGCCCUGUUUUCCCGUCAAAUAUUCAAGAACGACGACGCUCCGGUCAACGCUUCUUUGAUAUUUUGAUUUUGUUUUGCGGAGAUGAUUUGUUCAGUCCCUAGAAACUCUCCCAUGGUAGAUUACCAAAAUAUUUGAUUGACGAGCAAACAUUCUGAACCAAUCGGAACGAUCCGUACGCUGGCGUACGGACCGACUCAAAAAUGCCCCCCGUCCGUGCAGGCGGUUUUUCAAGUUGCUCCCGCCCCAAUCUCCUCGCGGUUUCUCUGCCCUUGCCCGCCUUUAUUACUUAGCGCGCCCAACCAAAACCACCAUGCUACGCAGGCUACUCGUUCUGUUUUCCUUGCGGCAGAGCUGUCAGUUCAUGAAGAACUAUACACAAACGGCUCUCCAUGUCUACUUCGUUGGUAACCCUUGCUUUGCUUCCUGUGACAAGUGCAGCAGCUGUACUCGUUGGUAUUUCACAUUCAAUGGCACUGAGUGUAGCUCUCCUGGUAGAAUUGCAUGGCGCGUACCAUAA